AUGGACGCAACCAAUCGCAAGUCUGGCCGUAGAAGACAGCCUAGUAAGAAGUACACUGUCGACGCCUUUGAAGGGCUUGAUAUAGGCGAUGGGAUCCCUCUACCAGUUGAGAUGCCUGACGACGACGAAGACGAUGACUUUCAUGUGGAUCCCAACGCAUCUCCUGAGCCACCGGAUGACGACCUUUCCGUUGACGGUGCUGCUGAGGAAGAUGAAGAGGAAUAUCAAUCCCGUCACGACCUCGUUUCUGACGAAGAAUCUAUCGUGGGUGGCUCAGAGGUCGAUGCUCCAACUAUCACCCGUGGCUUCAAGAAGGUCAAGUUCGACGAAAUCGCAAAGAUGAAGGGCGACCCUAGGUACAACCCUCGUGGAUUGCUCGAACCUGCUGCUCGUGGCUCAAAAGAGCUCCAGAGAUUGUUCUUCUUCGGCCCGGCUAAAGACGACCAGAUGCCCGCUCUCAAAUCUCACUACAGAUGGGGCGCCGAACUCACCAUUCCAAGUCAUGAAGCAAAUGCUGGCGGCUUUGGUGGCUUCAAGACGAGUUACUACCAUGGAGAUGCAGCCGUGAAAGCUGAGUUGGAAGAGGGCUGGCACUGGUAUGAGAAGGAAGGCGGCAAGGAAAGUUUCAACUCGUAUCAGCAGUCCACUCCUCUGUCUCCUCAGAAGGCUCGAGUCUACAUAUCGCCCGCUGCACUCCAGACUUGUGAAUUACUCAUGGGCCCGUACAAACGCCAAUCUCUUUUUACUCUCAAACUACAUGCAAGUCUUAAUCUGAACGAGCCCUGGGUACCACAGAUAUCUUCCGUCGAUACUCCAGCACCAGCUCAAGACGCAAAAUCGCAAAGGAACGGAUGGAUGCUCAACUUGGGCGAGAAGAUACAACACCUAGAAUGGGCACCGAAUCUUCAAGGUUCCAGGCAGUUUCUAGCUGUCACAACUUCGCCCUUGAUAGGCUCCGAUCCAGAAGAACAGAAAUUCAGCGCACCCUAUGCACCAGCCUUUGCUCCACGCUCGCCAUCAAAAUCAUCCAUACAAAUCUGGGAAUUCAGCGCCACCCCUGAAGGACGUAUCGACACUACAUGUGCUCCCGUGCUUCGAAAAGUCAUCUGCUCCGAAUGGGGAGAUGUCAAGACGUUCAAAUGGUGCUCCAUGCCUCGGACACCCUUGCAUGAACAGUCAACGGAACAGCUGAGUCUAGGCCUGCUGGCUGGGAUCUGGGCAGAUGGUGCUUUGAGGAUACUUGACGUCUUCGUCCAAGCAAAAGACGUUAAAGAAACCCAGUACGAGCUGGUCAAAUCCGCCGCAUUCACUGCUCAGCCCCCUAACACAAUAUGCACAUGCUUGACGUGGCUAAGCUCGACCAGCAUUAUUGCUGGCUGUGCCAAUGGAUGUGUCGGUGUUUGGAAUCUCCCGUCAUCGCUCCAGACUGCAUCAUCAGAGAACCAGCGCAACUCGAACGCGGAGCCUGUCGUCUUCACUCCAAUCUCACCGACCUACAUACUCAACGUGACGACAUGCUACCCUUCACGACCCAACAUCAUGAUCUCAUCCUCCAUGUCAGGACAUAUUCAAAUGACGGACCUGAUGGAGAUGACCUCUAAAGCAACUUUGACACCCGCGGCGACAGUCAGAGCUAGUCGCUCCCGUGUUGGAAGGGCUGUCCUCGUGUGGCAUGAGUUUGCCCAAGUCAUCCUUACGGUCGAUGACAACUUUACACUCAUCGCCUUCCCAAUUCGACGAUUCUUCCGUCAGAUCUCAUUCACGCGUUACAAGAGCUCGGUGGCGUGUCUUGCUCAUAGUCCGGUUCAUCCAUUCGUGAUGGCAGGGUGCGUUGGCGGCGAGGCUAUCAGCAACAAUCCUCUACGUCGUGCCUAUGAGAACAAAGUUCCCAUCUGGAAUCAGACUUGGUUCACACACGAAUGGAGACAACACAGUACCGAAAAGCAUACAAAGUCUAGUGGUUCCGACGGUGAUGGAAUCAUGGCAGACGCAGCAGAUGAGCGUGAGGAUCAAGACACAAGCACAAAGAGCAAAGCAAACACCACGCCGCAAGAGAUCAGUCGAGUGCUGGAAGGUUUCAAGUGCAAAGAAAUCAAACUCUUCAACACUGAAGACGCAUUUACCCAUCGCGAGAAUGGAGCCGUAUACUCGACCGUAUACGAUCUGAAGACAUCAAUCAAAUCAAUGUCAUGGAACCCAAAUCUGCAUGUUGGUGGAUGGAUUGCUGCAGGCAUAGCGAAUGGUCUCGUCCGAGUGGAGGAUGUCGCAUCGUAA